AUGAAUUUUAAAACUGAAGAGAUAUGGAGUGAUUUAGUUAUUGUAGGAGGAGGACCUAGUGCUGUGAUAUUUUUGAUAAACAUGCUUAAAUAAGGACAAUUGUUAACUCUUUUUAAAGGCAGCGGUAUAACGAUUUUGGAAAAAGGCAGAUAUUUUGGUUCUGGCAGAUUAGAGCAAUAUUUAAUAAAUGGAUACACGAAUUCUUUGGAUCUCUUUAGAAUAAUUCUUAAAGAGCCCUAUUGCUACAAUAAAGAUUUAUUUAAGGAUUACAUUAAGAAAGAUGCGAGAGGUACUCAAUAUAUAGACACAAAAAGCAUAGAUAUUGUAAUGGAAAAACUCGUAUUGAUUGGAUUUAAAGAAGUGCUUAUGACAAAUGUUUAUAGGGAGUUAUAGAAAUAUGGCUUAAAUUAUCCACCUUUGUCUGCUGUAGGAUAUUUUUUUAGGCUAGUAGGAAAUACUUUGUUGAGAUAGAUCAAACAUUUAAAAAACCAACUUGUAUUUAGAGCUUACCACGAAGUAUAAAAUAUAAACUUAUAAAAUGAUGGAUGCAUCACUCUGAAUGUCAAAAUAAAUGAUCCAAAUGGGCCUAACGAAUAAUAUUACUACUUUCAGUAAAGCCCUGAUUCAAUUACACCUAGACAGAAUAGAAGUAUCAGACCUUAAGUGUUAGAUCAUUAUAAGAAAGUUAGGUGUAAAAUACUUCUUCUUUGCAUAGGAGCUAAACCACAGUAAGUGACUUAUCCAGCCUUAUAACAGAUUCCUAGAGGAUUAGCAAUGCAUUGUGAUUAUUUUCUUACAGAUAAAGGAUUUACCACAACUAUGUAGAUAGCGAAUAAAUAGCGAAAUAGAGGAAAUAAAAAAAUUGUUAUAUUAGGAGGAAAUUAAAAUGCAUUCUCAUCUGCCUAUCUCUUAUUAAAAGGACCCUUUAUUUAUAGCUAAGGUGAAGGUAGAAGAUCUAUCUUGCAGCUAAAUGAUUAAACAAUCACUAUAACUUAAAAUUCAAACUACCAUCAAGGUUCUCCAUCUAAAUACUCUCCCUAAAAUAACAUAAAUUAAAUUGAUUCCUUGAGUCCUUUUCUCCACAAAAGAAAAAUAGAAUAAAUAGCAGAGUAGAAUGCUCCAUGUGAGAGAUGUAGUGUCCUGUAAACAAAAAGGAAAAGCUCGAUUCAUUAAAAUCAAGAAGAUUAAAAUAUAUUUACCAUAAAUAAUAACAAUAAUAGUAAUAAAAGCCAGCUAAAUAUCUAAUAAAGUUCACAAUUUUCAUCAAGGUUUUCUACAAACACUAAUGCUUAUGUUUCAUAAAAUUUAGGUAAUUCUUAUUUAGCAAAAAGGACAGGUUUAAGCAAAGCAGGAAUGAGUAUCUUAAAUCUCUAAAAUAUGAAUAACAAUUCUACAUAAGGAAUGAAUGAUUACAGGAAUUAGGCAAGAAAUUAUAGCCAACAGCCUUAAUAAUUUAAUAGAAGCAACAAUAGCUUUGUAUUCAAUAACAAUUUAAGUUCUCAUAAUACCAGUUAGCAGAGUAAUGGAUAUGCAAGUGCAUUUUAAAGUUAGUUUCUAUUAAAGAAUGCAGAAAACUAAUAAGCAAAUUAGGUUUAAGAAUGCUUAUGUUUGGGAUCCUUAAGACCUCAAGUUUUUAGAUGGAAAAAAGAAGAUGUAAAUAUGAUUGAUCUCUCAAGCACAGAAAUUAUAAUUCUCCACUAAGAUGAUAUCAGAGUUUAUUUUUAGAAUGAAAAUGAAGCUAAGUUAAAUGGUUUAUGGAAUGAGAGUCUCUCUAAAUUGAAAGAAAAGAACGGAGAAAUUAAUAGCUAAGUAGGUUUAAAGGGAGAUGCUAAGGCUCUUUAUUUAGAUAUUUAAAAAGGGUAUGAGUCAAGAGUUAAAUUAUUGCAGACAAAAGACGAAGAAAAGAUAAAUGAAAUUAUUAGUGAAAGUUUUAUGUGCAUAGAUGCUUCGGAUUAUGUCAAUAUUUGUCCAACAAUUAAGGGAGUUUAAGGAGAAACCUACCAAGCUAAAAAAGAUUCAAAAAAUAAUUUGAUUAUUGACACAAAACAAAGAUUAUUAACAGAAAAAGGCCCUCUUAAAAAUAUCUUUUGCAUGGGAUUCUUUUCAGGAGUAGAAUUGAAAGAUUUAAACUUAGGAGUUUUAGAAAAUUCUGAAGAGAAAGUUUACAACUUAAAUGUAUAUAAUGAAGUAGAAAGUAAGAGACUUUGCACUUCUGUAAUUGAUGCAUUACAAGCAUAAGAUUCUUCAGAAACAUGGAAAUGGAUUGAGGAAGUCACUCUAUCUUCUUCUCAAAUAUUUAAUAAUCAGGGAGAGCCAGACUAUGAAUCAGCCAACAUUAUGAAUUUUUUUAUGAAAGACGACGAGUUGGGAAUAGAUAGAAUUAAUAAGCAGAUUCGUAGAGCCAAGUUAGGUUUAAAUUUUAAAGGAGUAGAUUCCUAUUUAAGUAAAAAAUAUAAAAUUCCUCUUUGA